ACUGCGCAUGUCCGCAGUGACGUCAUACAUUUACGAAAGUGUCAAUGUGUCCAAAAUAGCCCUUUUUUUAAAUGGGAAAACUCGGACUGGAACUAGAAACAACCACAACAUUGUACACGACGUAUGGUUUUCUGUGGAAGCCAGGCGUGGAAUUCUCUAGUUUGGCGUAUUCACAUAUUUUGUUGUUGUUGUUGUACACGCACAAACCUGGGGAAAGCGGCCAAUUAGUCAGCAGCUGAUCAUCUGAUAUUUGAACCCAACAACCUGCACAUGCAACACGGGAGCUGCGCUGGAAACAACGUCACUAGAAGACUGCCUGCUUUUUUGUGUGUGUGAUUGUCUUGUUGUUACAAAGACCUCGGGAGUUCUCACAGAGGCAACAAUGGCAGCAGUACCCGUUGCCACGCUACAUUUGACUUCUCCAUCAAGCCCGGUUAGUCUCCUGGAGCCCAACAUUCACAGCGGAGGCAGAGAAGCAGAUUUGAGAUGUUGCUCAGACAAUAAAGAAAACGACAGUCUACCUUUGCAUUCUGCUUGGACCUUCUGGCUGGACAAAUCUCUACCAGGAACUACAGCAGCUGAAUGUGAAUCCAAUCUGAAGAAAAUCUACACAGUGGGGACCGUCCAGAACUUUUGGAGAGUUUUCAACAACAUACCCAGUGUCGCCAUCUUGCCUCUGAGGUGCAGCUAUCACCUUAUGAGAGGUGAAAGAAAACCACUCUGGGAAGAAGAAAGCAAUGCUAAAGGUGGGGUUUGGAGGUUGAAAGUACCAAAAGAGUGCACUGCUGCCGUGUGGAAGGAAUUGCUCUUGGCCACUAUUGGGGAACAGUUUAGCGAUUAUUGUGCUGCAGACGAUGAAGUGGUCGGGGUCAGCGUCAGUGUAAGAGACAGAGAAGAUGUCGUUCAGGUCUGGAAUGGAAAUGCUUCCCGUGCUGAUGAGUCCAACAUUUUAGGGAGGAUCCACAAGCUCCUACCACAGACGCAAUUUAAAGCAGUGUUUUACAAACCUCAUCAGGAGCAUCACGCUUUUGAAGGAGGUCGAUCAAGAUACUAGCACAUUUUACACUUUAAAGCACAUUUGUGGAUUAUAAUACUUGGGCACAUUUGAAAGCAGUUGAGCAGAAUCUCAUAUACCGUGGUACUUCAACUUAAGAGUACCUCAACUUACAAUUACAACUUUAGAGUGUUUUGAGAUAACAACUGUCUCGGCUUAUUGUUAUGGUUUAAAUUGCCAGCAAAAAUUUGAGAUACACACAUCUCCACCAUAAGUUGGCGUUGUAAACGUCAUAGUGAACCCAGCAAGAUCCGCCCAAAACAUCUCGUGUAUAAGCAUUAGCUCAUAGCUAGAGAUGAACAUGACUUUUUUUUUCAACCAUGGGAAGUAGUGAAGUAAAGUGAAGUGAAUUACAUUUAUAUAGCGCUUUUUCUCAAGUGACUCAAAGCGCUUUACAUAGUGAAACCCAAUAUCUAAGUUACAUUUAAACCAGCGUGGGUGGCACUGGGAGCAGGUGGGUAAAGUGUUUUGCCCAAGGACACAACGGCAGUGACUAGGAUGGCGGAAGCGGGGAUCGAACCUGCAACCCUCAAGUUGCUGGCACGGCCGCUCUACCAACCGAGCUAUACCGUCCCAAGUGAGAAACUAAGUGUGAAGGACAGAUCUUAGAAGAAAAAAAAUCUUCAAAAACAUGACUAAAGGUGUAGCAAAUCUGGCGAAGCAAUUUCAGACUAUGACAGCAAGUCUGCAUCAUACUGAAGCAAAAUGAGUCUAGCGCCAGCCAACAAUGUUAGAACAUCAUCUAAACGGCGGACAUUUAUCCAUGAAAUUUUGGAAAAGCUGCUGAUGAUGUGUUUAAUGGAGAAACAGUUGGAAGCAAAUAUUGUGGUCACCCAUCUGCCCCUUGUCCUGUUGGAUGGGUUGACUAUAAAUAAAUCCUUGUAUCUUGUAGAAGCCAACUCUCCAAGGAAAAUGUGACACAUUACCUUACUUUAUAUUGUUUGUAGUGCAUUCUAUUGUAUUGUUUUUAUACAAUAUUUCUUAUUUAAAAACGUUUUUUUUAAUUUUAAAAGGCAUCUUACAUGUCAAAAGGUUGCGUUUUAUGGGGGACGGGUGGACAAUUGCCAAUUAAAUUGAUUUCAAUGGGUGACGUUGAUUUGAGAUACAGGUAUUUCCAGUUAGGAGCCCCAUCAGUACAGUAGUACCUCAACGUAUGAGCUGUAUUGGUUCUACGACCAGGCUCGUGACUCAAAACACUCAAAUUUUAAAUCAUCCCUGCCCAUUGAAAUUUAUUGAAAUCAACUUAAUCGUUGCUUGGCCCGCCCAAAAACACCAAAAUGUUAACAAGUAUUAUGCCUUUUAAAAAGAACAACACAUUUCCAGUUCAUACAUUUUGUUUAAAAAAACAAUACAAUAGUAGUACAAACAACUACAGUAGUUUUAUAAAGUAAUAUAAUAAUAAUGUAAAGUGUAUCCAGUUAAGUGGUCAGUCAUAGAACAAAUUGAGCUUGUAAGUUGAGGUAUUACUGUAGUUUUAAUGUCAUCAAAAUGUAGGCACUAAUGUAUUGCUCAUCCAAACUACUGUUAUUAUUUAUGUCUGCAUAUAUUUUGCUUGCUUUAUUCACCUAGUUUAUUAGUAACUUCUUUUGAUAUUGAACAUCUGUGCAAAAAUGUAACCGAAACAUCACAGCAUUUGUAUAGGUAUGGGAUUUUAUUUGUUGUGGUAUGUUCAGUGUAUUUUCUGGACCCCAUACAAAGCUAAGAUAAAAUCACAUUUGUUUCCCAUAAGGCCAAAGUAAUGUUCUUUAUACUGAAUGCAGUCAGGUAUACUUAACCGCUACAACUUUAGCAGAUUUUAACUGCACAGGGUUUUUUUUAAUCGUCUUUUGGUUAAAUAAGGAAUGAAAAAUAUGUGUGUUCUUGUUACACUGACCUCAGUACAUACUGUACAACACAUACUAGUUCCUAAAGAAUAUGAUUGUGCAAUCAUUUGUAGUCUAUUUACAAAAAAAUAAAAUACAUGAAAAAAAUGUGAUCUUAGUUGAAAUGUUUAAAUCUCUGCCCUAAAUAAGCACUUUUUUGUUUUUAGUCAGACUAUCUUUAACUGAUCAAACUAAACCAUACUUUUUGACAAAGGGCAGUGCUGUUUUUAUAUUAUGUUUGUUUUUGUACAACUUUUAAAAGUUACUGAUUGAAUACACACUUUAAAGCACAAUCUCAGUAUGUUUUACUGUGGUAGAUUAAUCUUUCUUUUCUGUAACCUAGAAUGUAGCAUGAUUGCUUCUAAUAUAACAUUUUGCAGGUUUUUUAGUAUGAUCAUUAAAUCAUUUUAGAAUGUGUUUAAUUGCAGAAUCAACGGCUAUCACACUAAAGACACUUUGAUUUUGAAAUGAGAAUUAAAAAAAAUAUUAUUUUCACAUCUCCAAGGAUGAAAUUUCAUAUGUUUGCACAAAUGCAGAUGACCUUUCACUCUUAAGAUCUCAGACCUUUGUAACUGUUGAUCUUGGACUGUACUUUGUGUUUACCAGCAAACAAGAAUGUUAGUAGUCAUAUGCUCUGCAUGUCUGUUUGUCUGAGCUGUGUUUGAAAAAUAAAGUGCAAAA